CAAAAUUUUGUUCCGAAACAAUAACCAAGUUGCAAAGAAAAAAAAUCAUUUGCCUGUUUAAAGUUACUUUUGCUGUUUUCAACAAUGACUUCUCAUGCUUUCGAUGGGAUUUUACCUGGAGGGUUACAGAAAGUCAGGGCAAUCCUGAUGACCUCCGCACUGCUCGCCGUUUGCGUUCUCAUCAACUUCCUCCUCAAAGCCGAUUACCACUGCAUCUGCAGUGAUUUCUCGGUCAGAGGCACAGCGUUUUUUAUAGUUUACAUUCUUUUACCAGCACUGAGUUUGUUUCUCCUCGUUCUCGUGACCAACAAGUCCUGCAUGGCACCAAGCCGACUUCUUUGCUGCUGCUGUCCAUCACGGCGCAGUAAGGAAAUCCUUUGUCUGUGCUGCAGGAACAGAUGCACACCAGUUACGAAGGGUUUGUUUGCAGCGUGUGUGUGGAUAAUAUCGGUCCUGUUUGAUGGGGACUGGUAUGUGUGUCUCCGAACAUCACGGAACAUCGCCGAAGUCCGUCUGCCCUGCGAGAGUAAAGAGAGUCGCACAGCUGAAGAAAAUUCCAUGAUCACUCAGUAUUACAAUGAAUCAAUGACCUGGAGCUUUGGUGUCAUGUUCUGCUGUGUUUUUGUCUGGACUCUCAGUACCUGUUGCUAUAAGUGUUUCACUGACUCAUAUGAACAAAAAUACAAUAAAUAUAAGGAAAAGGAAACUAAAAAAGCCCUAAAAAACUACUUGGAAAGACUAGCAAUGAUAGAAGCUGAGACAAUGUGCAAUCUGACAAUGCCUUCGAUAGAAGACAUCAGUAGUGAACAACCUAGAACCUCAGCUGACAGCCAGUCAACAUCUUCGGCUUCGGAACAAGUUACUGCGGCGGCGUCAUCUUCAACGUCAAGAGAGCGGCUAAUGACCAAAGCGGAGAAGAUUGAGGAGAUACAGGAAGAAAUGAGCCAACUUUAUGGUGCUAUCUCAAUGUCAGACUUUUAUCUGUAUGGACUCCAGGAAGCAAGAGCAGAGAAUUCGAGUACCACCCGUGGAUCCAUCCCAAUAACAGUGAGACGCUGGUUCCGCAGGUGAGAACGAUCCAGCCUGAAUGUCAGGAUGAAUUUCCUUUCGGUGCCCCUGUAGCUCCGAGAGAACAACGGGAGCCGCCGAGUCGCCGUUUCGGGCCGUGGAGAUCGUGAACCAAAGCACUUGUGUGGGACGUGUUUGGAUCCCCAUACAAGCGCUUCGCUACUUUCCGCACGUCACAAAUCGCUCGUGGGAAUCCAGACCUUUUGCCCGCUUAAGUGACCAUAGUUACAUGUUAUGAACUUUCGCUCUUCAUGCGUAGACAGGAUGCUGUUCAGAGCCACCUUCAUACGUACGAGGGAUUUUUCUCUUUAUUACGACAUUCCUGUUUUCAUUAUUGAUAUUUCUUAAAUGACCAGCCAAGUUGUACAUGGAGAGGGUGUUGCAGCACUUGUUUCGCACUGACAUGCACAAGGAUGGAGUUUUGGGGAAUUACCCUGUCUCUACAAGAGGAUAGCACCGACCUCUAACUCCAAGGCAUCCACUUCCACCCGAACGGGAGCGAAGGAUCCGAGUGUCGCAGGAUCGGUGCCAUAGUGGACCUGUCCUUGAGGCUCUGGAAUUCCGUCUGAGCCUCCUCGGUCCCCGCCAGCUUCGUUCCUUUCGUUUCUUGGGGCUGCCACCGAGCUAAAGCCCCUAAUGAACCUACAAUAAAAGUUAGUGAAGCCCAAAAAGCACUGCAGGGCCCUGACAGUCGUAGGCCGGGGCCAGUCUCCCUGGACCUUGUUUGGGUCCAUGGUUACGCCGUCAGCCUUCAGCACAAACCCAAGUAUAGAGACCUGUUUCUGAUGGAACACGCACUUCUCUCCCUUGACGUACAGAUGAUUUUCCAACAACCUCCGUAGAACCUGCCUCACAUGCAGACGUUAGUCUAUCGUCUGGGAGUAUAUGAGGAUGUUGUCAAGGUACACGAGCACUCUCUUGUUUUCCAGGUUCCCCAAAACAUGAUUAACAAAAGCCUGGAACACAGAUGGCGCAUUGGCUAGGCCGAACAGCAUGACUAGGUACUCAUAAUGGCCCAAGGAGGUGCUAAACGUGGUCUUCUA